AGCGUUCGUUCCCAGGCCAGCUAGGGUUUAAAUGCAAGAAAAAUGUAUAUACCUCUACUCCCCCACUGCAGGCAGCAGGCCAUCCCACCGAGCGUACCAUACACUACUGAUACGCACACCUAGAGCAAGUUGAGCGAGCCAUGGCGCUGGUGGCUGAGGCGAUGGGGAGCCUUGUCCCCAAACUGACCGAGCUGCUCAAAGAGGAGUACAAGCUGCAAACGGGCGUUAGGGAGAAAAUCAAUUUUCUCAAGAGUGAGCUCGAGGACAUGCAUGCUGCCCUUCGCAAGGUUGGCAGCAUGCAUCCCGACCUGCUUGAUGAGCAGGUCAGGAUUUGGGCAAGCAAAGUCCGGGAGCUGUCGUAUGACAUGGAGGACGUCAUCGACGCCUUUCUGGUGCGUGUAGAUGGCAGUGUGCCUGCCAACCCCGGUUGCCUCGAACGGCUUGUGCACAUGAUGUGCGGCUUGUUCACCAAGAUCAAGGUUCGCCAUCAGAUAUCUGGCGUCGUCCAAGACAUCAACACCAAACUAGAGGAGGUGUCCAAGGCGCGUGAAAGAUACAUAGCCUCUGAUCUUCAGGCUAACCUAGCUGCCACACAAUUGUCCACCCAUGAUCCUCGCAUCCUGUUAUCGAAUACAGAUGCGGCAAAGCUUGUUGGUAUUGAUGGCACAAGGAAUGACAUCAUAAAGAUCCUUUCCCUGGAGGGUGACAACUUGCCCUUGGGGAAGAUGAUAAAAGUUUCCAUUGUUGGAUCCGGGGGAAUGGGCAAAACCACUCUCUCCAGAGCAGUGUACGACAGUGUUAAGGGGAAAUUCCAAUGCUCGGCAUUUGUGCCAGUUGGCCAGAAUCAAGACUUGAAGAGGGUCUUCAUGGACGUUCUAAAUGAUCUUGACAAGGAAAAGUUCGACAAUAUCCAUAGCACAAAAAAGGAUGUAAGGUUACUCAUGAACGAGGUCUACGACUUCCUUGAAAACAAGAGGUACAUCAUUGUUAUUGAUGACAUUUGGAAAUUCGAUGCUUGGGACAUGAUUGCAAAAGUCCUGGGAGACAGUAGUUGUGGAAGUAGAGUGAUCAUAACUACUCGUAUUUCUGAAAUUGCUGAGGAAGUCGGUCAUGUUUAUGAAAUAAAACACCUUUCUGAUGUUGACUCGAGAAGGUUAUUGCAUAGAAGAAUAUUAAGUGGUGAAGACCAAUGCCCCGAUGAUGAUUAUGAUUUGGAAGAGGUUUGUGAUGAAAUUUUGAGGAAAUGUGAAGGGGUACCAUUGGCCAUUGUUACAACGUCUAGUUUGUUGGAGAGUAAACCAAGGGAGGACUGGUCUGAGUUGUAUCGGUCAAUUGCUCUUGGCGCAAAAGACAACCGGCAUGUGGAUAAUACUAUGAAGAUAUUGUCUCUUAGUUUCUAUCAUUUGCCUUAUCAUCUAAGAACAUGCUUAUUGUACUUGAGCGCAUUUCCAGAGGAUUAUUUAAUUGGUAAACAAACAUUGAUAUGGAGGUGGAUAGGUGAAGGUUUUGUCUGUAAGGAAGAAGGAAGAGACUUAUAUGAGGUGUGAGAGGGUUACUUCAACGAGCUUGUAAAACGACGUAUGAUCAUGCCAAUAGAGGCAGAGAAUGAAGACUACAUACUAGGCUGUCGUGUUCAUGACAUGGUGCUCGGUCUGAUCCGGUCAUUGUCAAGCAGUGAAAACUUUGUCACCGUAUUGGGUAUAGAACAAUACAACACAUCUCACCAGGGCUAUGGUCGAAGGAUAGCCAUCCUAAGCAGCAAGAAUGGAUUACCCCCAGUGGUGAACCUGGGAACGGCACAGUCACAAGUGACAAUCCGGUCAUUUAGUGCCAAUGGUUUGUCAUACAUAGAUGUUCUGCCAACACCGGCGAAAUUUGAAGCUGUGCGUGUACUGGCACUGCAAAAUUGUGAAUCAUUGCAGGACCUUCACGGCCUGGAGCAUAUUGGCAGUUUACUUCACCUACGAUACCUUGCACUGACGUACACACCUCUUUCUGAGCUCCCAAAUGGAAUAGCGGGACGUCUGAGGUUCCUAGAGACGCUGGAUCUGUGGGGGACUGGCAUAGAGCAAGUGCCGUCGAGCGUGGGCAAGUUGACACAGUUGCUGUGCCUACAAGCCGAUAUUAAAACAAGGGUGCCGGAUUGGAUCGGGAACCUGACGUCCCUGCAAGAGUUGUGGAUGUGGCCUGAUGCUGCAGCUGCAGGGCAGUUUGUGAAGGAGCUGGGCAAGCUCGAGGAUCUGAGGGUGCUCUGUACUCAGUUCGAGGGUGCCCCCGCAACGGACAUUAUCGAGUCUCUAGGAAGUCUGCCCAAGAUACAGAAAAUGCACGCCUUUGACCGUUGGGCAGCGGUGGGGCAGUGUGUGCCGUGGGAGCAAGGAUUCGUCACUCCUCAAUGCCUCCAGUUCCUGUGCCUGAGGUGUUUGACCUUCACCAGCCUGCCGCCGUGGAUUAAUCCGUCACUUCUGCCAAACCUCAGCAACCUGUCCCUGUCGUUGCAGGUUUUGCGACAGGCGGACAUGGAAAUCCUUGGCAGGCUGCGAAUGCUCCGCAGACUCGAUCUAUUUGCGAUGGGGAAUGCAAUUAUAAGAAUUGGGAUUCAUGACACCCUGUUGUUCCGCAAGUUGAGAUUCUGCACGAUGGCCACGACCUCCAUCCGGUUUGUACCACCUCCUGCUGCUAGUGCUGCCGUCACAACACCUGUCUCAGUCAUGCCAUACCUGGAAUUACUUCACUUCAGCUUGGACGUGCACUUCUUCAAGGACAGGAAAAUUGCUUUUGACAUUGGCUUGGAGCACCUCCCGAGUUCUCUUCGCACAGUAAAGGUUUUUGUGCUCUGCCACUUAGCCAAAGAAGAAGACGUCAAGGAGGCGGAGGCGGCAUUGUUGCACUCCGUCAGCAUCCAUCCCAGCCGUCCCGCCCUUCAACUCGAAAGAUUGGCCGAAGAUAAAAUGCUCCCUUCUCACCUCAAAGAUGAUCAGUGAACAUCGUAGCCAUCACAUAUCUCCCCAGUCACUCUAUCUGUUGGAAAUCAUUCAUGUGAUGUACUAAGAUAAUGUACCCUGUAUUGCAUGCAUAGUUUCUUGGUUCGUUGUGUAAUA